AUAUGACUAACUGACAUUUGGGCUGCUCACGGUUUUAAACACAGCUCACUUGGCUCAGUGUCAGCUGACCUUACAAAACGUUAUUUAAAAUCCUGGAGGAGAAGUCCAUCCAGAGGAAAACAAGCAGCAGCUGAGAUGACACCUCUGAUGUUUAAAGAUGCUUUUUGGGGGUCGGACCUGACCUGUCACGCUGGGUAUGACGCUGUGAUCCAGAGGUUACGAGAUGGAAGGCAAAUGUGCAAAGAUGUGGAGGAGCUUUUAAAGAUGAGGGCACUGGCAGAGGAGAGGUACGGGAAGGAGCUGGUAACCAUUGCUCGAAAAGCUGGAGGACACACGGAGAUUAGCACCUUGAGAGCGUCAUUCGACCAAUUAAGAACACAAAUGGAGACCAUCGGGCACUUCCGCAUGCAACUUUCUGAUAUAUUGAAAGAGGAGGUGAAAAAGAUCGAGACAUUCAGAGAACGUCAAAAAGAGCAGCGGAAGAAGUUUGAAAGCAUCAUGGACAAGGUUCAUAAGAAAAAGAUUUCCUUCUUCAAGAAGACCAUGGAGUCGAAGAGGAACUAUGAGCUGAGAAGCAAGGAGGCCGAUGAGGCCGAACAGGGCGCUGAAAAAACUGCUGUCACAUCCAAAAACUCAGAAAAGAUACGUCACAGGGCCAAGCAAUGCAGACAGACAGCCAACGAAUCAGAGAAGCUGUACUUCAAAAACGUCAUGCAGCUGGAAAGUGUUCGCCAGGACUGGGAGGAAACACACCAAAGCACAUGUGAGGUGUUCCAGCAGAUGGAGGGAGAUCGAAUCGGCAUGCUCAGGUGUGCUCUGUGGGACCACUGCAACCACUUCUCCCUGCAGUGUGUCAAAGAUGAUGAGUUCUACGAGGAAGUGAGGAAGCUUCUGGAGCAGUGUGACAUCACGACGGACAACAACUGCUUCAUAGAGACGAAAGGAACGAGGUCGCAGCGUCCAGAACCCAUCGUGUUUGAGAGAUACACUCCGACUGAGUCACCCGCACACAGCAAUGGCCAAUCACUUAUCGCACGAGGAGGAGAGGACGUGAUGAGGAGAAACUCUUCACAUCGCGGGAGUUUUCCGAACAUCAAUAUGGACAGUGCUCGAUCAUCACUGACAUCUGUUGUUGAGAUUUCAGAUGGAGGAUAUGCGCCUCUAACAGGCCUCCAGCAAGACACAUCACUGGCCACAUUUACAGCGGAUGAAGAGACCUACCAUGUGCUUUAUGCAUACACUGCACAGGAGGAGGAUGAGCUGUCUGUGGGCAGAGGGGACGUGGUCCGAGUGUUGGAGCGAGGAGGAGAUGGUUGGUGGACUGUGGACAGGGACGGGCUGACUGGACUGGUGCCAGGGAACUACCUGGGCCAAAUCUGAACACACACUCACACACACACACAGACACACACACAUACAUACACACACACACCCACAGACACACACUCACACGCAUAAGGCCAAAUCACAUAUUGCCACACACCAACAUAUAUAUGUGCUUAAAAAUAGUCAUUGCUUCCUGUGUCACAUUUGCAUAACUACAUAGAUGAACAUGAACACAUAUUGUGCAUCACUAUAGAUUCACUCACAUACACAGUCCUUUGUCUAGUGGGUGUGUUAGAUGUUUCAAAUUCAGAUGCAAAAAAUUGAAAAAUCAAAAGGAAUAUUAAAAAUGAUGGACAAUGUUGAUUAUAUCUGUGUGAUACUUUUAGCCUGAAGUGAUUGUUUUGUCAAACCAAGAGUUUAAAAUCCUAUUGUGAAUGAGAAAAGUGUCAAAUCAGCACCUUUGAGAAAAUGGGUGCAGCAAACCUUUGAAAUUGUUGCUUAAAAAGUAGAAUGAAAUGUUCCUAGAAUAUCUAAAUGGUUGACGGGUAAUUUUCUGUUGGUCGAUUUAUCAAUUAAUUUAUUAAAAGCCCAUUUUCCCCUGCUACCUAGUCUAUAGGGUUUUUAUAUUGUGUUUUAUUAACAUUGUAUAUAUUGGUUUAUUUUUGUUGUGCACUGAUUGCUGGUUGUAAAUCAAAUUGCCCUUGAAGGAUAUUAAAGAUUUUCUUUUAUGGAUAACUCUAUUUAAUCCCAAACUGCACAGAGGAACCCAGCAGCCAGCAGGGGGCAGCCUCAGGACACAAGCAGCUGCAGACUGCUUGGAAAUUAUGCAGCAAAGAUCCAGGGAUUUGUUGUUGUUGUAGAGUCGUGCAGUAGUGAGUCCUCACCUGGUCUGUGCAUGAAGUGGAACAAUAUGUUAUUUAUUUGAUAACCGAAUAUAAACAAGAAGGUUUUGAAUGAAUUUUCAGAAUUUUAUUAAAUUAAAUGUGUCCCACACUGUGAUUCUUGUAAGGCGUCAGAAGCCAAA